CAGCCCGCCCGCCCGCCAUCGGCGAACGCGAGCAGCCGUCGCCAGCCGGCGGGAGGGCAGCCGCGCCCGGGGCCUCCGGGCCGCGGGGGGCCGCUGUGACCCGCCUCGGCCCCACUGCGUCGCGGGCCGGACGGGCGUGGGGGGGGGGGGGGGAAGCGGAGGCUUAAGCGAAGAGCGUCCGCCAGCCGGAGGGAGCCGGGGAGGCGGGCGCUGUGCUGCGGCGCGUCGGCUUGGGGGAGCCCCCCCACCCCCCGGAGCGCGGAGGACCGAGCAGGGCCGGCCGGCCUCCUCCAUGAGGCCUGAGUGAGGCGCAGCGGUGACAGGCGGCCCGCGGCGCCUCCCCGCGCGUCCUCUUCGGGAGCAGCGGCGGCGGCGGCCCCCGUGGGGAGAGCAGGAGCAUGUCGGACAGUUUCGAUCGGGCUCCAGGUGCUGGUCGGGAGCGGAGCCGGGGCCUGGGCCGCGGAGGGGGCGGGCCUGAGGGCGGCGGGUUCCCGAACGGAGCGGGGCCUGCGGAGCGGUCGCGGCAUCAGCCGCCGCCGCAGCCCAAAGCCCCGGGUUUCCUGCAGCCGCCGCCGCUGCGCCAGCCCAGGACCGCCCCGCCGCCAGGGGCCCAGAGCGAGGCCCCCGCCGGCUCCGCGCGGCCUCCCCGACCUGGGGCGCUCCCAGAACAAACGAGGCCCCAGAGAGCUCCACCUAGUUCACAGGAUAAAAUCCCACAGCAGAACUCAGCAGAGUCAGCAAUGGCUAAGCCCCAGGUGGUUGUGGCUCCCGUACUCAUGUCUAAGCUGUCUGCGAACGCCCCCGAAUUUUACCCAUCAGGUUAUUCUAAUUAUACAGAGUCCUAUGAGGAUGGUUGUGAGGAUUAUCCCACUCUGUCAGAAUAUGUUCAGGAUUUUCUGAAUCAUCUUACAGAGCAGCCUGGCAGUUUUGAAACAGAAAUUGAACAGUUUGCAGAAACCCUGAAUGGAUGGGUCACCACAGACGAUGCUUUGCAAGAACUUGUGGAACUCAUCUACCAACAGGCUACGUCUAUCCCAAAUUUCUCUUACAUGGGAGCUCGCCUGUGUAAUUACCUGUCCCAUCAUCUGACAAUUAGCCCACAGAGCGGCAACUUCCGCCAGUUGCUACUUCAAAGGUGCCGGACGGAGUAUGAAGUUAAAGACCAAGCUGCCAAAGGAGACGAGGUGACUCGGAAACGGUUCCACGCAUUCGUGCUGUUUCUGGGAGAGCUCUACCUUAACCUGGAGAUCAAAGGAACAAAUGGGCAGGUUACAAGAGCAGAUAUUCUUCAGGUUGGUCUUCGGGAACUACUGAAUGCUCUGUUCUCUAAUCCUAUGGAUGACAACUUAAUUUGUGCAGUAAAAUUGCUAAAGUUGACAGGGUCAGUUUUAGAAGAUACUUGGAAGGAAAAGGGAAAAACUGACAUGGAAGAAAUAAUUCAGAGAAUUGAAAAUGUUGUCCUAGAUGCAAACUGCAGCAGAGAUGUAAAACAGAUGCUCCUGAAGCUUGUAGAACUUCGAUCAAGUAACUGGGGCAGGGUCCAUGCAACUUCAACAUACAGAGAAGCUACCCCUGAAAAUGACCCUAACUACUUUAUGAAUGAACCAACGUUCUACACAUCUGAUGGUGUUCCUUUCACUGCAGCUGACCCAGAUUACCAAGAGAAGUAUCAGGAGUUACUUGAAAGAGAGGACUUUUUUCCAGAUUAUGAAGAAAAUGGAACAGAUUUAUCAGGGGCUGGUGACCCAUACUUGGAUGACAUUGAUGAUGAAAUGGACCCAGAGAUUGAAGAAGCUUAUGAAAAGUUUUGUUUGGAAUCAGAGCGUAAGCGAAAACAGUAAAGUUAAAUUUGAGGCUGUCAGUUUUGGUUUUUUGUUUUUAUAAGUUUAGGUAUGAUGAUUUAGCAGAACACAGGAAAGCAAGAAACUGUCAGACUUAUACCAAAUUAAGGAUGUUGAGUUAUGUUACUAAUGUAUGCAACUUUAAUUUUGUUUAACACUACCUGCCAAAAUAAACUUUAUUCCCUGUAACUUAAAAUGUGUAUAUAUAUAUAAUAGUUUUAUUAUGUACAGUUAAUUCUACUGUUUUGGCUGCAAUAAAAUCGAUUUUGAAAUAAAUGAAACGUUGAAAGAAAAUUUUGCUAGCUGAUUAGAUGCUUAUCGUUCAACUUCUUGAGGUAAAAAGUCUUAGCCUGGAAAUACAUAUUACUGCAAAAAUGUAGCAUCCUUUUUUAGAUAUGAUUAUUACAGCUUUUAUUUUAGUUUAACAUUUGUUUCUCUAUAAAUUGAGUUUCAAAUACUAAUCACAAUCAUGAAAAUCUUUAGCACCCAAGUCUUGGAGAAUAUAAACAACUUACUUACAUAUGUAGAUGCUAUUUGAUAUCAAGGGCUUUUAAACUGUCAUUGAGGGGUGGGUAGGGUUUAGAACACCAGCUAAGGAGCCAAGACUUGAUUGAGGAUUUCUUCUAGUCAUGUGCUCUGUUUGUUUCACCUGACUAACUUCAUCACCUCCAUCCUACAGCAUUACUCUGCUCUCCUUAUAUGGCAUUCUCAUUUUUAUUUCAGAGCAUGGGUUGCAUUGACUUUUUACUAGAGAAUUUUACUAGGUAUUUGUCAUUCAGGUUUUCAUCUGCUUUAUAAUUGAUAUACCGUGAAGAUCACUUUUCUAAUACUUUUACUAUAAUGUACCACCUCAGCCCUAUUUAAGUCAUGUUUUUACCUAAUGUCAAAUCUUUUUCCAACUAACUAAAACUGAAUAUCAAGGGUUGCUUGUAAAUAUGCAUGUAAAUAGUUGUGUUAAUAACUCAUUGUUUCACAUUUGGUACAUCUGUGUCUGCUUACACAGUUUCCUCACUUCUGCUUGUGUGUUCAGUCGGAUUAAAAUUAGAAUUUGAAAAUAAAACCUAGUUUUGUUCUAA